UUUGCCAUUUCAGGAGUGAUAUUUUCUGAUGGAGAAUACUGGAGAGUGAUGCGAAGAUUUAUUCUUACAACCUUACGAGACUUUGGAAUGGGCAAGAAGGCCAUAGAGGAUCGUGUUGUAGAAGAGUAUGGAUGCCUGGCAGACACCAUUGAGGCACAGAAAGGGAAGCCCCUUGAGUUGACCCUGAUGAUGAAUGCUGCUGUCGCCAAUGUCAUCGUAUCCAUAUUGCUUGGAAAGCGGUAUGACUAUGAAGACCCCACAUUCAAAAGGCUCCUGACAUUAAUAAAUGAAAAUGUCCGGAUUUUUGGAAGUCCAUCAAUUUCGUUGUACAACAUGUUCCCAGUCCUUGGAUUCCUCCUGAAGGACUACAAAACUUUUCGUGAUAAUGAAAAAGAACUCAAUACUUUUAUGAAGGUUACUUUCAUAGAACAUCUCAAAGCCCUGGACAAAAAUGACCAGAGGAGCUUCAUUGAUGCUUUCCUCGUGAGACAACAAGAG